AUUGUGACGAACUGUACAACAACAGAAAAAUUAAAUGCUUUUUAUAAUAAAAAAUGAACUAUGAUAAACGAUUGCAUGUAUAUGUAUGAUAGAAAUGUUCAGAAUAAUUAAAUAUUCUAAAAACUUUUCAACUGAUAUAAUCACUACUUAAAACGUCACAGUAAAUUAUAGAUCAUUACUAGAUCCUAUGGACUUUUCAAAUUUUUAUUUGUUUGCUGUUGUCAUACAGCUGAGGUGUCAUCAUAGACUAUCAUCAGAGGUAAACACACUAAUCCAGUCAAUUAUAUCAAGUCUUCAUUCAAUAAAAGCUAUUAUCUAAUAUUGACCCAUGGUAUAGAGUUGAUAGAAUUUUUUAAAGCUUACGCCAUCAAAACUUUGUUAUUCGGUAUCAGCUGAAUGAGACGAAAAUAUAGAAGCAAACAAACCGAAUAAAUUAUCAAUAACACGAUCGAUCCUUACACAAUCCUGCCUGUUGGUCUCGAAGUUAGGUGUCGACGGAGUCCUUCAUUCUGUUUAACAACACUUUGUUGAAGAUCUUUCCUGGUAUCAAGAGAAGAGUGCUGCCUCUGUAGUUAUCACAGUUGCUGAGAUCGCCUUUCUUUGGUAUUUUGACCACGAGACAAACAUCUUACAAGGUUAGGAUACGCUAAAGUGGGAUAUUUACAAAAGAUAUAUUUAAAUGGCUUUAGGUGAUUACGCUAAAGUCAACUAUGAAAAUUACAUUCUGAUAUGCGUUGGUGGCAGACUAAAUGAACGAAAAUACUUACGAAUGCUAGAUAUCUCCAUUUUAUUGAACAGAACUUUUCAAUGCUUCCAGAAUGUUUACAGUAUAGCCAGUUUUAUUGGUCCGCAGUAUUCUGGAAAUGUGUAUUUCACAAAGCAUGGCUCAAGUCUCACAGUAACUGGAUAUUUAUCAGGUUUUCCGCGAAAUAAAUGGUUGGGUGUUCAUAUACAUGAAUAUGGUGCAUUAGGUAAUGAAUGUAAUGACGCCGGACCACAUUUUAAUCCGUUUAACAGUGACCAUGGUGGACUAACAGGUUCGCCAAGACAUCCUGGAGAUUUUGGAAAUCAUUAUGUCGAUCAAAAUGGUAUUUUGACUCUUGAUUUCAAUGUUGAUAUUUCUUCUAUUACUAAAUUUAAUGGAUUUCUUGGAAGAGCACUGGUUAUCCAUGAGAAAGAAGAUGACUUAGGCAGAAUGGAUGAUGAUGGAAGUCGCAAGACAGGCAAUUCCGGCAAACGUUUGACAUGUGCUGUAGUUGGUGUUUGGAAAGCUCCAUAA